UGUCAUUUGUAAGUGAAAAACCGAGUGAGAUCAUACGCGUAGUCCUAUUUCGAAGAAAGUUGCUGGAAUUUCUAUUUUUAGUAGUGCUUGUUUGUUUUCCACACGACUUUCAUCGUUCUUGAGUUUCGUAGCGAUCGAAAAAGUCUAUAUCUUUGGACAAUGUGGCAGAACACAGGAGUGUAUCCCGGAGAUCAGCAAGGAGGAUAUCCGCAGGGCGGCUAUCCACCCCCACAAGGAGGCUAUCCCCAAGGUGGCUAUCCCCAAGGUGGUUAUCCACCCCCUCAAGGCGGUUAUCCCCAGGCAGGUUAUCCUCCUCCACCUCAACCGGGUUUUCAACCGGCUGGAUAUGGUGAACCUGCCGGUUACGCAGGCCCAGGUGGCAGUUUUGGUGAAGAUACCGAUGUCAAAGGCUUUGAUUUCACCGAGCAGAGCAUCCGGAAAUCCUUUAUUCGAAAGGUGUACGGGAUCUUGAUGUGUCAACUGCUCGUGUCAUUGGCCUUUAUAACACUCUUUGUCUACCACACGCCAACUAAAAUAUGGGUGCAAAGAAAUACCUAUAUGUUCUGGAUUGCAUUCGUCAUUGUACUGGUUUGCAUCAUAGUAAUGUCCUGUUGCGGAAACGUCAGACGCCAGGCACCACUGAACUUCAUAUUCCUCGGAAUAUUUACUGUCGCUGAGAGUUUCCUGCUCGGCGUUACAAGCAGCAUGUAUGACAGCAGUGCGGUGAUGAUGGCAGUGGGGGUGACGGCGGCGGUGUGCCUGGCGCUGACGCUGUUCGCGUUCCAGACGCGCUGGGACUUCACCGUCAUGGGCGGCGUGCUGCUGUGCGCCACCGUCGUGCUGCUGCUGUUCGGUAUUGUUGCCAUAUUUGUCCCCGGUAAGACAGUGACGCUGGUGUACGCUUCGCUCGGCGCUCUUCUCUUCUCGUUCUACCUCAUUUACGACACUCAGCUGAUGAUGGGCGGUAAGCACAAGUACACCCUUUCACCUGAGGAAUACGUCUUCGCUGCUCUCAACCUGUACCUGGACAUAAUCAACCUCUUCAUCUACAUCUUGACCAUCAUCGGAGCCGUUAGAGACUAAAGUGUCUCUCAACAUCGCCUUUUUUUUGUUUGUUUUCAACUGUUAAGCGACUGCCAGACUUGAUGAUAUUAAUUGAAUGUUUGUUGAUGAUUUGCACGUCAGUCAUUAGAAUACAAAAGAACUGGAUAGGUUUAGGUUAUGUCGAUAUGCGACUAUGUUUUAUAAAUUAUUUUGAUCAAUUUUGGUUUUUUUUUUCAAGAAGUAAUAGUAGAGAUAUGAGAAUAGUAAAUUUUGUAUAAAGUUAUAAAAAAAGGUUAUUGAAAUGACCUCUUUGUCGUGAUAUAAAUCUUCAGAAUUUAACAUUAUUUUUUUUCUCGAUAUAUAUACUUUAUUUUUAUUAAUUAAAGUUAGUUUUCAGUUAGUGAUUUGUUUAAUAAUAAAAUAACAUUCCGUAUCUUAUUAUUUAAUGAAAAUAACUGAUAGAUUUAAAACGUCAAGUCUGAACGCCGCUUAGUGCCACAGACAAUAAAGUCAAUUUUAAAAAGUUUUUGCUUUUGGUAUUUGGUAUUAUUUUAAAAGAUAACUCGAAACAUUUAAGACCUUAUCACGGCAUCAGCAAGCCAUAUCACGGCUUUGCUUUAAGAGAAAUUAUAUUGAAAAUGUGUUGUUUGCUGAUUAGUGUUAAAAAUCGUAGAUGUAAACGUGAUUUUCUUCAAAUAAAUGUGAAUCUAUAUUUAAUCUUAUGAAACUUUUCGAAUGUUUGAAACGUAAGCGCUUUGAAUAAACUUUAAUCUACUGAUAUUAUACUUAAAUAGUGGAAACAAAAAUAUUAGAUUUUUUAAUUGAAUAAUUGUAUAAUCCGACCAAAAUGAUUAGUAAAAACAAUGCUUUAAACGCCUUUUGUCCUUAAGCCCAAUUAUUUUGGAGGUAUUAUACGAAUUGUGUGAUUAUUUUGUCAACAACUUAUUCAGAUCUUGGUAAUAUCCUUGAUAUCUACAUCCUAUUCUUUCAUAGUGUUGUCUCUUUCACACCUUUCGAUGCAAUCGUAUGUUUCAUGUAAAUGUGUUAUUUCUUAGGUGUUAGAGUAGCAUUUAUGUAAACGUCGGGUUUUAUUAUAUGCUUGUAAAAUAUAUAAGCUUCAUUAUAUAAUGAAACAAUCUAUUGCAUACUUAAAUCGUUUGUUCCCAGUUCUCUCACUAGAUGGAGCUUAUAAUAUCGUAUAGUAAAAUUGAAAUGUAAUAUUUGCAAAUUUAUUUUUAACACUGUAUAAAUAUUUUCAUUGUUUUCAAGUCUUAGUAAGAGUUCAAAUAUUGAUUAAAGUAACACAAAGCUGUGUAAAUAAGCAUAAUUCGACUGCUAACUUUUGUUUUGUUUAUUUAUAAAAGCAAUAAAAUUUAUAUUAUUAAUAUGCGUAUUCUACAGUCCAUAAUUGAUAAAAUUUAAAAGAUCGUUAGUUACUUUUAAUAGUUAGCAGUUUAUAAUUAUGAUUCCCAUUUAUUUUGUGUAAGAUAUUUAAUAUUGUGGUAGAUAUUUGUUACGUUCAAAUAUGAUUUUUAAUAAAAUUGUCGUAACAUUAA